AAGUACAACCCACGAAUCGUAACGUGCGCAUUGGUUUUUGUCUCUUCGACACGACGCCGUCGCCGGUCGCCCCCGUUCGUGAGUUAAUAAUCGGCGGGUCAAGGUCAUACAUCUUCUGAUUGCUACUAAUAGGAAGAUUCUCGCCGGAGAUCCAGUUUUCCCAUUGUAAGAGUCUUGCUGGAUUCGAGAGGAAGAAAGGAUUGAUUUGCAUGUGACGUUAGGAACAGUUUGAGAAUAGUUUGCUUCAGGACAAGUGAAACGGUUGUCUUCUUUUGAGGAGAUUUAACGAUGGGUGAUGAGAAUCUUGCUGAGAAAGUUUCAUUGCGAGGGUCAUGUGGUAAGGAGGAGAUUGUGGAAGAGCUUAGGAACUGUUUGCCCAAAUGGGUUACACAAGAACAAGUAACAGAUAUGGUUAGAGGCACGUGUAGGAACGUAGUUGAGAUAGUUGAUGACUUCUAUGAACACGAGACUAUAUUCUACGAGCAAGUCCCUGCUGAUGUUAUAUCUUUUAGUUCUAGAGAUGGGUUUAGUUCGGGUAACCAUGACUCCCUUGUUUCGAAACUGGAGCUUCUAAACUGUGAAACCGAGGGAAAUGUAACUCGUCAGUCAUCGCAGUUUCACAAGCUCACGAGCAUGGCUAGUUCACAGAAGAUCAGCCUUUCUCCUGUGAAAAGGAACAGAAAGAUCAAAGGUAAACCAAAGAAGAAAGGAAAAGCUUCUUCUAAGUUUGAUUCUGCAGGUCCAAAGCAAGCUUCGAUUACUAAGUUCUUCAACAAGGUUCCUUCAGAUGAUACCAAGGCUUAAAAAGCUGGUUUUCAGAACAUUUUGGAAGUAAUACUUACUGCAUCAAGAACCUUGGAAGAUUUGCAGCGACCAAUGAAUGUUGGACUACAAUUGUUUAAUCUUCAAGGCAACGGAUCUUGCUCUCUGGCACGUUUUUGAAUUGUAAGAAGCUUUAGUGUUUUGUCUACAUUAGCCUCUUUGAGGAAGCUAUGAUCAUAUUAAGGUUGUCAUUCAGUUGCAUAGUUAUCAGUUUUUGAGUUAAAUGUAGAUUCCAAAGAGCAUUACGAUUAGGUUUGAACGUUAUCUGGUUCCUGCUUUCCAUUCCCUGAUCUUAUUCUAAUAAUGAUCAUCUGUUAAUUAAAACCACUAUUUGAUUGAAGUUUUUUC